AUGGCAUGCGCUUCGCACCGACAACAUAUAAGGUCAUGGUCCCGGAGACGCAGCCACCGAACAGGCCACUUGCAAUCAAAAACUUAUGCACGUACUGGUGCAGGUGCUGUAACACAAUACCGAACAUUAAAAAAAUUUAAAAAAAAUUGUGAAGAUGUAGCACCCUUUCGGUGCCUAGCUGCCAUGCCAUCCGAAGGAAGCACGAUGACUAGGAUAAUGUCAAGUUGCCCAAGCCUAGACAGGGAUAGUCGGAAGGCAGAGGUCAGAAGCGGAACCAUAACCGUGGUCAUCGUCAUCACCAUGAAGAGCACAUCAGUGCUCAACACUGAUGCUUCGCUGCCGUACGCAUAUGAUUUGUUUGAAAGCCUUAUCGUGAGAAUAAAUGUUGACAAUGAAGGAAUUUGUGCUUGGUUACUUCAAUCAUUCCGAGACAACCUCAAGAUCAUUCAAGUUUGCCACCGGGUUGGUUCUGAACGAUGCAUUAUUGUUCGAUACGAAUUACUUGUGCUCAAUCCAGAACGGGAACUAAAGGUGUUGACAGGUAAGCAAAUAUUUUCGUGGAGCUCACGUUCGACAAAAGUAUUGCAUGGCUUUUUGCGUACAUGGAUGAUAGACAACCUCAAGAUCAUUCAAGCUUGCCACCGAGUUGGUUCUGAACGAUGCAUUAUUGUUCGAUACGAAUUGCUUGUGCUCAAUCCAGAACGGGAACUAAAGGUGUUGACAGAAUUUCUCCAUGUUCCGUGGGACCCAGUUAUGCUAAAUCAUGAGAAGUUAAUCGGUAACAUUUCGCAACUAAACCCGGUUCUUUUCGCACAACCACGUGAAGGGUGGAAACGAGCCAGAGGCGGUCAAGCACUGACUUCGCAGAGAAGUAUAGAAGCCAUUACCAGCAAACUCAGUUGCGCUGGUCACUGCCGUCUUCCCGGAUGGGGACCCCGAGACGGGCCACAUUAA